GCAAACAUCUUUUGAAUAUGGCGUCUUUGGGCGAUGAUCUGUUGGUCACGGUCAACAAGCUCCAGGAUUUGGUUUUCAACACUAUUGGCAAUGAUUCCCUAGACUUGCCACAGAUUGUUGUUGUCGGUUCACAAUCUUCGGGGAAAUCUUCUGUGCUCGAAAACAUUGUCGGAAGAGAUUUUUUGCCCAGGGGAAGCGGCAUUGUUACCAGACGACCGCUAAUCCUCCAGCUGAUUAAUAUCCCCAGCGAACGCGAUGAUCUCCCUGAUAACAAUGAAGUCCACGUCGCACAUACAGCAUCCAGCGUCGCCGGACAGAAGGAGUGGGCUGAAUUCCAUCAUCAACCUGGAAGAAAAUAUACCGAUUUCGCCCAGGUCAAGCAGGAAAUUGAGAACGAAACUGCAAGGAUAGCGGGAAAUAACAAGGGAAUCAAUAGACAGCCUAUCAAUUUGAAGAUAUUCUCGCCGCAUGUGCUCAACUUGACUCUGGUAGAUCUUCCCGGGUUGACCAAAGUGCCCAUCGGUGACCAGCCCUCCGAUAUCGAAAAACAGACGCGCAAUUUGAUUUCGGAAUACAUUGCGAAACCUAAUAGCAUUAUUUUGGCGGUUUCUCCUGCGAACGUUGACCUUGUAAACUCUGAGGCGUUGAAACUUGCUCGCCAUGUCGACCCAAUGGGCCGAAGGACUAUCGGGAUCUUGACGAAGCUGGAUCUGAUGGACCACGGCACGAACGCUUUAGAUAUCCUGUCCGGGCGAGUGUAUCCAUUAAAGCUGGGCUUUAUCGGAGUGGUCAAUCGAUCCCAACAAGAUAUCCAAAGUGGCAAGUCGUUGGCGGAGGCACUAACAGCCGAAGCGGAGUUUUUCAGACACCAUCCGGCCUACCGAAAUAUUGCUACUCGCUGUGGGACUCAGUUCCUGGCAAAAAGUUUAAACACAACAUUGAUGUCACAUAUUCGCGAUAGGCUACCUGAUAUAAAAGCUCGGUUAAAUACUUUGAUGGGCCAAACGCAGCAAGAAUUGGCAAGCUACGGAAACAAACAAUUCAACGGCAAGGAACACCGAGGCUCGCUGAUCCUGCAGCUCAUGACCCGAUUUGCAUCUUCGUUUAUUUCCUCGAUUGAUGGAACCUCUUCCGAGAUUUCCACAAAGGAGCUUUGUGGCGGUGCGCGGAUCUAUUAUAUUUUCAAUUCUGUCUUCGGGAACUCUUUGGAGACAAUUGACCCAACUCAUAACCUUUCCGCCCUCGAUAUCCGAACAGCCAUCCGCAACUCUACUGGUCCUAGACCUAGCCUUUUCGUACCUGAAAUGGCCUUUGAUUUGCUUGUUAAACCUCAAAUCAAGCUUCUCGAAAUCCCCAGCCAAAGGUGUGUCGAACUCGUCUACGAGGAACUUAUUAAAAUAUGCCAUACCUGCGGUUCGACUGAGCUGUCCCGAUUUCCCCGCCUGCAAGCCAAGCUCAUUGAGGUCGUGUCUGAUCUCCUGAGAGAACGACUUGGCCCUUGCUCUGCCUACGUCGAAUCACUCAUUUCUAUUCAGCGCGCAUAUAUUAAUACUAACCAUCCAAAUUUCCUUGGUGCAGCUUCUGCCAUGUCAUCUGUGAUCCAGAACAAACAAGAACAAGAGAGGAAAACUGCUAUGGCUGAAGAUCGACGGAAACGAGAACGACGACGGAUGAAGGAACUUGGGGCCGUUAAUGGAACAGCAACCCCGGAUGGCGAAGAAGAACAAGAUGCCGAUGAAAAGUUACAAAAUCUGGCAAUCCGCGGCCAGAAAUCUCAUAAUAGAAGCAGAUCACCCCACAUUGGUCAUGCGCUGGAAAAUGGCCAUUCCGCCAUCACAGCCACGUUAAAUGGGCCUCAAUCUUCCUCCUAUGGUAAUGGAACUCAAUCAGCUGGAACUGCCAGAGAUUCAUUUCUCAACUACUUCUUUGGCAAAGAGGGUGCUCCUACAAGUCAGGGGCAGCUGCCCCAACCACGCCAUGCCAAUCAUUCCACAGAGCCCAGUUUUAGCCAAAGCUUCCGACGCAAUGAAGUAAAAUCUCAGAUUCCCGCCCAAUACCCUCAGGACAAUACUGAAUAUCCCGUAUCUUCGGAAUACGGCGAACCCACAUUCCCAAAUGAUAACUUAGAACCGGCACUCACAGACCGUGAAGCCCUCGAAACGGAAUUAAUUCGCCGUCUCAUUUCCUCCUACUUCAACAUCGUGCGCGAAACCAUUGCUGAUCAGGUGCCCAAAGCCAUCAUGCAUCUUCUUGUCAACCACAGCAAAGAAGUGGUCCAGAACAGACUCGUCAGCGAACUGUAUAAAGAGGACUUGUUUCCCGAGCUUCUGUAUGAGGACGACGGGAUCAAGGCAGAACGCGAGAAGUGCGAGAAACUAUUGGGCACGUAUAAAGAAGCCGCGAGGAUCGUUGGAGAAGUUUUGUAAAAUAUUAUCUCUUUUUUAUUUUUUGUGGCUGGUAAUAAUACUAUUAUUUGAUACAUAUAUUGCACGUGAUUGUUCUUUCGUACCUCUGGAUCUUUGAGCCUUUCUGCUUUCUCUACGAGUGUCGCCAUCUCUCUCGUCUUUUCUCAUCAUUUGUCUCACUCGGAACAAUUCUCAUUUAUUCCUCUUUUUG